AUGGCAACAGUAGCUCCAGCCCCGAAUCCUCCGAGUCCUGCUGCUCCUACACCUUCCGGAACUGCAGGAUCACCCCCACCAUCCAUCUCAUCACCACCACCACAAUCAUCCUCUCCGCCACCUACUCAAUUAACAUCUCCACCUCCACAAGAUGAUCCUACACCGCCGCCACCAUCAUCAAAACCUCCACCACCAGCAACACCAUCGACUCCACCGCCAUCUAAUUCACCUCCUCCUAGUUCUCCACCACCAUCACAACCUUCUAAUCCACCACCUACACUGCCUCCUCCAGCACCACCAUCUGAACCACCCACAAGUGCUUCUCCACCUUCGCCAUCACCACCGCAGCCACCACCAAAUUCGCGUCCUCCACCACCACCACCAUCCACGCCUGCCCCUGAUAUCCAACCUCCACCAUCAUCUAGUCCACCUGAAAGUUCACCGCCACCACCACCACCACCAGAAACCUCAUCACGACCACCUAGCAGUUCACCCUUACCACCUAGGAGUUCACCUCCUCCACCACCAACUUCAAUUCCACCAAGAAGUUCACCUCCACCUCCAAGUAAUGCUUCAUUGCCUCCUACUACCCCUACCCGACAGUCACCACCUUCUGGACCAAAUUCUACUCAAUCUACUCCACCACCAGUAAUCAGACUGUCUCCACCUCCUCCGUCACGGAAUUCUCCAUCAUCCACUUCUCCCCCAUCAUCUGUGAACAAUGAUACUAUUCCGAAUGCACCUUCUAAUCAAAACGGCGGAAACAGUGGUAUUGGUACUGGUGCUAUUGUGGGUAUUGGAGCAACUGCAGGAAUCUUAAUGCUCAGCCUUAUUUUGGUGAUCGCUUGGUGCUUAAAGAAACGCAGGAGAUCUGUCUCCAGAGUCAAUGGCGAUUAUGUGAUGCCUUCACCUUUUGCAUCCUCCCCUAUAUCAGAUUCCAGUAACACAAAGACCCACUCUACUACAGCUCCCCUGAUGGACAGUGCUUCUAGCAGUGACUUCAUUUCUUCACCAGCAGAGCCUGGUGAACUGGGGCACUCAAGGUCUUUGUUUACAUAUGAAGAAAUGGUAACAGCAACCAAUGGCUUUUCGACCCAGAAUUUAUUGGGUGAAGGUGGAUUUGGAUGCGUAUAUAAAGGUUGCCUACCAGAUGGGAGAGAGGUUGCAGUGAAGCAACUCAACAUACGAGGAAGCCAGGGUGAAAGAGAAUUUAGAGCUGAAGUUGAUAUCAUAAGUCGAGUACACCAUCGUCAUUUGGUUUCACUUGUCGGUUAUUGCAUCUCGGACAGCGAAAGAUUGCUUGUGUAUGAAUAUGUCCCUAACAAUACCCUUGAUUUCCAUCUCCAUGAGGAAGGUAUACCUGUUUUGGACUGGCCACAUCGUAUCAAAAUAGCUGCAGGUGCAGCUCGUGGAUUAGCUUAUCUGCACCAAGACUGUAAUCCUCGGAUUAUUCAUAGGGAUAUCAAGUCGUCAAACAUUCUUUUGGAUAUCAACUUUGAAGCCAAGGUUUCAGAUUUUGGUCUUGCCAAGUUAAACCCUGAUGCCUAUACACAUCUGACAACACGUGUUAUGGGAACUUAUGGAUAUGUCGCCCCAGAGUAUGCAACAAGUGGCAAGUUAACUGAGAAGUCUGAUGUAUACUCAUUUGGAGUUGUGCUCUUGGAGUUAAUCACUGGGCAGAAGCCACUGGAUCCUACCCAGUCGCCAGGAAAAGAGAGUCUAGUUGAACGGGCACGACCUUUCAUGAGCCAUGCACUAGUCAGCGGCGAAUUAGGAGGUCUAAUCGACCCAAGGCUUGACAAGAACUAUGUUGAAGAAGAGAUGUUCAGGAUGAUUGAGGCUGCUGCAGCCUGUGUUCGCCAUUCUGCUGCCAAGAGGCCUCGCAUGGAACAAAUUGUCAGAGCUCUCAGCGAUAUAGCUGCAGCAGAUUUAACCAACGGAAUGAAAAUUGGAGAGAGUGAGGUAAUCAGAACACCAGAAGAGUCGGAGCAGUUUAGACUCAUGCAAAGGAUGGCAUUUGGCAGUCGAGAUUUUAGUUCAGCUUUGCCACCCAUGGCAGCUACGGAGGACUGCAACCAAAUGGCUGCAGACUGUGUAGUGGUAUCCUGCUGCUGCCAAUGCUUGUUCCUGCAGUUCCUCAUCUACGUGUUCCUCAAGCUACCAAGGAGGCUGCUCGAGCGAACAAGGGACUACGCGAGAAAGAAGCUGAUGAAGAUGAGGAGCAGGAAGAAAAUAGAGACAGAGCUAGUGGGGAGAAGAACUGCCAAGUUCGGAGAAAUCUCUGCUGAUGUAUACAACACCGAAGAAUCCAUGUGCAUUGACAUAGGCCUGUUAGAGGAGUUCAAGAAAUCCAAUGCCGAUAAUAAGAACAUCAUUGAACAUGUGCAGAUGGGUGAAGAUCGUCAUCAAUGCAUUGAGGAAAUAGAGAGGGUGUUGGAUGAGUACCACGCUAGAGGUGAGUUUGGGUUUGGGAGCUUUUGGAGGAAGGAAGUGUGCAAAAUGGGCUCACCAUCUUCCUCGUCGUCAUCAUUCUCAUCAUCGUCGCCAAUGUCUUGGGGAAGAUCAACAAUGGCUUCUCCACGUCCAUCACAUAAUUCGACUUCAUCAUCGACGGGAAGGAGUAGUGGUGGAGGUAAAAAGCAGAAGAAGAGGAAGGAGUCGGGGGGUUUGAGAGUUGUGCAGUUUGAAUUGAUUGAAAUUGUUCAUUCUUUAUCACGUUCAUCAUAUGGAUCGUUUCAGAAGAUUGAAAAGUUGCUAGAUUAUGAGAAAUCACCUUCAGGGAUUUGGAGAAACAUCAAUACAUCAUGA